AUGUUGCGGGAAAUCUGGCCAACGAGUUUUUGUCUCGAUCGGCUGUCGUAUCAUGGUCCAGGAGAAUAUCUGGACGGAACGCGGCUCGUCAUUGGCACCUUUGCAACGAUCCGGGAUAUCAUCUGGUCGGCUACGGAUGUGGAUCCGUUGCACACUCGCCCCGGCGCUCUUAUCGUGACAGUCGAUGGAUACACUGGGCCGGCCUGGAAGACGGACGACCAGGGCCGCGCGUUACUCCCAAUCCUGCCCGUUACGCGCACGUCCCUGAUCGAUGGGCCCUAA